AUGGGCAACCCGUCAGAUCUCGCCCCUCCUUACAAGGACAGCGACAGCAGCCAGCCCACGACGCCGCUGGGCGAGGCCGCCAGCUCCAUCUCCAUGCACCGCCCCAACAACCCAACUUCAUCACCGCCGCGCCAGCCGUACUUUGACCACGACUUCGACGACGAGCCUCCCCACGCCGACGACGACCUGCCGCCACUGUACAGCGAUCACGACCAUGACGCCGUCGCCGUCACGCCGGCCGACCUCCUCAUCCCCCCUGGCACGCCUCCCCUCGCCAUCUCGCCCUUCCGCAGCCCCGACAGCGGCACGACGUACUUCCUCGACCGCCGACUCGACACAGACCCGGCAUUCCUACAGCAGCAGCUCGAGAUUCUCGCUGCGCCCCCGCCGCGCCCGCUGUGCCGCCUGCGCGGCACCCAUAGCGAGACCCGCCGCCGCGACGACAAGGACGAGCAGGAGACGGUCGUCGACUUUGACGUCGAGGUAGACCUCACCGCGGUGCUGUACACCGACGCGCGCGCCGGCGCUUCUUGGCGGCGCCUGAUCACCGUCGACAACCGGGAGAAGGUGCGCCGCGGCACCGUGCUGGCUCGGCGCGCCCCCGGCUCCGGCCUCGCAGAGGCGAGCACGCCGACGGUGCAGGAGUGGUGCCACCGGUACUGCGCGAGCGUCGCCGGGCUCAAGGUAUUUGCGCUGGAGCGCCGUGUGAUCGGCUGGGACUUUGAUCAUCUCCAACGCAAGCUGGUCCGGCUUGUUCGCGAUACCAACUACCAGGGCCGGCUGCACGUCGACUUCCCCGUGCGCGACGCCCGCGUCGAGAUCCACAACGAGUGCCGGACGAGCCGGUGGCGGUUGACUCGGUGGAUUGUGGUGGUGUUCUGCGUGACGCUCACGUUCCUGCUGGCCUGGCCGUGGCUCUUCUUCAGAACGAAGCGCUGGGAGACGGUGCGCGCAGAGUGGCCGCUGCGCGACGCGCGGACGGGCAGGUACGCGAGCCUCAGCGAGGAUGAGUGGUUCAACAUGUGGGCGCGGACGAUCCGCGAGGCGUGCCUUGCGCGCAAGCAGGGCGUGCUCGACCAGGGCGCCCUUCGGCGGCAGCAGGAGGUAGGGGCCGGCCUGGGGGGUUUGCCCGGCGUGAUGCAGGCCGGCGUGGACGCGAUGGGCGUGGUGGAUUGCAGCUUCGGUUGGGGCGGUGAUGAUGAUCGCCGAGGAGGCCACUCGCGAGGGGCCCGUGUCUCUACGUUCGGAGGAGGAAACAGAUGCUGA